AUGAAAAUUGAUAAUUUUUUAAUUGUUUUUAUCUUCAAUUGGUCAUUAUGGACUUUUGUUAAAACUAUUGCUAUUCAAAAAAGUCUAGCUAGACAAGUUGAAAAAGAUUGCGCGGCAGAGGAUCCCGCUAAAAUAAUAAAUGAUGAAGCUGAAUCUUCAGUUGAUCUUAGACUUCAUAAAUAUGAAGAAAAUUUAACAAAAAGUGACACAAAAAGAAAUAAUGGAGUGGACAAUGUAAUUAACAAUAGUGAAUAUAAACAAGAAAAUUAUCAAAAAAAGAAAGAAAGGAAACGUGAAAAUAGUCGAAAAUACCGAAAACUGAACAAAGACUAA